AAUAAAUCAAAUUUAUUUUCAAAAAAAAAAAAAUCAUUGACUAUUGUCUGUCAUAUAAUAUUUCCUCAAAUUAAGACCGUUUUACAAGAAAUUUCAAAAGUAUAAAUAAUAAAUCACUCACGAUGGGUGAAAAACUAAUUAACGACUGGUUAACUGUGUACCUGAAAGAUUAUGAUAAAAAAGUUGGUGGACGAUCUGCAGAUUGCCGGGUUAGUCCAGAGUUUAAAGACCCCAUGGGUGAAAGUUUUCGACAAUACUUAAAAUUAGAACCGAAAGAUUUGGGACAAUGCGAAGAACAUUACGAAGAAUACCUUAAAACUAUUAAAACCGAACACCCAAAGCUACAUGAACGGUACUUUAGCACACCUGUCGACGAAAAAUUAAUCAAAAGAAACAUGAAUUUAAAUAAACAAAGCGUGUAUCAAGUAGAUUAUUGUGAUAUGGAGAAAUGUUGGGAAGAAGCUCGCCAGGCGGAUUUAGCACAUCAAGUCCACCUUCCUGAUGAUUUGUUCAUUCCACUUACUACAUCUGCGUUCGUUUAUCGAAAUCCUACUGAUUUGCAAAAAGAUGUUUUGAAAUCACGAUUUAAAAUCGAAAAGCCUCAAUCUAAGAUUGGAAUGUCCAGAGAAAUACAAAAGAUUCUAAAAAUCACAACUGGAGAAACCGAAUACGAUGGCGUUAUUGGUGAACUUGGCCAAAUUAUUAUUGAUGAUGAAAUGCACGGAAAAAUGAUCCAUCCACCUUGUGGUUGUGCUCAACAUCCCAUUGUUCCUGAAGAAGAGAAGAAAUAAAACACCAUACUUAAAUUAAUAAAUUAUCUAUUUCAAAGUCUA